ACGCCCGGAACACCCGGCCAUGGCUGCAGAGACUCUAUUUCACGCACACGCUGUUCUUUGUAGUGACCGUAGCGUUCAGCCGGGUCUAGACGUCUGGCACUCUGCCGUGCUCUCACAUAUUCAGGCGCAGUGAAACCAUAAUUCUAUCACUAUAAACACAACCUUAUAAACUUUUGUAGAUCGCUAUUUCCUGAUUACGAGCCGAUCCGGUCUGUCUUUAAUCACGCCGCGGACACUUGAUAAGUGCGGAAAUUAAAUUAUGAAGUGAACAAAGAAAGGAUUGUAUCCCAAAAAGGCGUGAGACGAUCCAGCACUGAUGUAGGCGCUGUACCACUAACCAUCAUGGACUGGGUGAUGGUGGCCAGCGCUCUGCUGGCCUUUCUUUUAUAUUACAAUACCUUGGAUGCGGGAUUCGUCUAUGAUGACAGGCGGGCGAUCCUCUCCAAUCCGGACGUCAUCGGGCACACACCUAUAGAAGCGUUAUUUGAAAACGAUUUUUGGGGAACACCGCUUGCAGACCCUGGUUCCCACGGCUCCUACCGACCACUAUGCGUCGCCACGUAUCGACUCAACUAUGCUUUCACUGGAUUUAGACCAUGGAGUUACCAUUUUUUUAAUGUCGUACUACACUGCAUUGCAACUGCACUGGUAGUGACAGUAGCGCGACGCUUACUGCCUUCUUACUGUAUACGAGUGGGAACCGUUGUUGCUGGAUUGACAUUUGCAGCUCAUCCUAUACACACUGAAGCUGUAGCAGGCAUUGUAGGUAGAGCAGACUUAGCGGCCUGUAACUUCUUUCUACUAAGCUUUUUACUCUAUAGUGAACAUAUUCGCCUACGCGAAGACCGACACAGAGGACAAUGCCGACAUAUUAAUAAGAAUAGUGUUAUUCACCAACAAAUAUCAACAAGCGAUCAAUUUAGACUAAGCUGUCACGGUUUAGUACAGCAUAUUAUGAUGAACUUUCGUAGGUUGUUAAAAGCUGGCAAAGCUGGACCAAUGAAAGUGUUAGACGCUUGCGACAUGAACACUGGAACAGUGAGACUAAAGUGUCAAAAUAGUGAUAGUGUCAGUGAAGAUACUUGUGAAAUUUAUCAGUGGCUUACCUUAGCUGGAACACUAUUGUUCGCCACUGCAGGAACUCUUUGUAAAGAACCUGCUAUAAUGGUUCUACCUCUUUGCAUAUUCUACGAUUUUCUUAAAAGAACUCGACGAGAAGAAUCUUAUUCCAAGAAUCGCUGGCGCAGCAUCUGCUUGUUGGGAACUGGGGGGAUCGCUCUAUUAUACUGGCGAUUGAGAAUUGCUGGAACACCGUCCCCUUUCGCUGCAGCCGACAAUCCUGCGUCUCGCGAUCCCUCGAUGCUCACAAGAAUUUAUACGUUUUCUUAUCUCCCAGUUUUUAACUUCUUCCUCCUUUUAUACCCUUUGCAUCUAAGCUUCGAUUGGUCUAUGGAAUCUAUACCAAGAAUCUCAUCUAUUUUUGAUACCCGAAAUGUAUCCACAAUCAUUUUCUACGUAGUCAUGUCAAAAGUUACAUGGAAAGCUGUAGUGAACGAAUUCAGAAAAUGCCAAGAGAAACCGCUAAAGGAAGUGAAAUAUUAUAAAAAACAGAAUUGUAAGAUAAGGCACAAGUGGAAUUACAAUAGCAAACAAUAUAACAAAGGGCAGGAUUGCGUUGAAAGAAAAAGCUACCAUGCGCCACACAAAGAGAAUGUGUCAUCUAAAAAGCUAUUGUGUACAUGUACGGGCUGUAAACAUUCGUUGACUGAUGAGCACACAAGCGCAUGCCGUGCCAUUAACAACAAUAAUACAAUGAUGCACAAUUCUACGUGCGUUUGCCCGAUGGCGAGCAUAAAAUAUAAGUCACCUAAUAUCACAGUGAGACACAUUUAUCGCAGUCCUCAAGUUGCGAUGUUAAUGUUCAUGGCAUUUAUGAUUCUGCCAUUCGUGCCUGCUACUAAUGUUCUGUUUUACGUUGGCUUUGUGGUCGCAGAGCGUGUUCUUUACAUUCCCAGUGUUGGUUUUUGUUUAUUGCUCGGACUAGGAGCUGGUGCCUUGACGCGCCAUUGGCACCGAAAUGAAACACGUAGUCGUGUUUUUAUGUUGGCCUUGCUUAUCGUUUUGUCCGCAAUGUGCGGGAACACCAUGCGGAGAAAUCUCGAUUGGCGUGAUGAAGAAAGCCUAUUCCGUAGCGCUCUACAUAUUAAUCCACCAAAAGCUUACGGGAACCUAGCCAGUGUGCUGACCGCACAAGGACGGACAGCAGAGGCGGAAGUCGCCUUCGAGAGAGCGCUCAAACAUAGACCCAAUAUGGCUGACGUUCAUUAUAACUUAGGGAUUUUACUUCAAAACCAAAGGCGGUACGGAGAAGCUAUCAAAAGUUUUGAGAGAGCGAUUUAUUUUCGACCAUCAAUGGCCUUGGCAUACGUAAACCUGGGAACAUCACUAAUGGCUGAUGGAAGGCUAGCAGAAGCAGCGAGUGCACUCCGCGCCGGUUCACGAGCCGAAGGGUUCCGAGUACGGGACAGAAGAGAACAUGAAGCAGCUAGAGUCUCUGCCCUGGUGCAACUUGCAGCUUUACAUUCUCAACGUGGACAUUGGCAUAAAGCGCUGUCAGCGUAUAAAGAAGCAUUACAAAUGCUACCUAAUACUAAUACACCAAUAGUAGGAUGGACGCGACAUAACGUUUUAUCAAUGGCUGGAGAAAUCUAUGUACAGUUACAACAAUGGCCACAGGCGGAGCAUAGUAUUCUUUCAGCAUUAGCUGCCGCACCGCGUAACGCUGCUUCACAUGUUACUCUAGCGCAAAUAGUGGCCAGGAAUGCCAGUCGAAUAAUUGAAGCGGAAAUGUGGUUCAAGAAAGCUUUAAUAUUAGCACCUAAUGAUCCAUCAGUUAGAGAUCAAUUCGGUCUAUUUUUGAGAUCGCAACGGCGACUCCUAGAGUCAGCAGAACAGCUCGUCACCGCAGCGCAACUAGCACCUACGGACAGCGGGCGGGCUGUGUCCGCUGCACGAGCGUUGAGAGACGCACGUCGUUGCCGCUCCGCAGAAAAGUGGUACGCCCGAGCAGUACAGUUAAAGCCUGAGAUUGCUGAAUACCAUUCCAAUCUCGGUGCAAUACUGCAUCUAAACGGCAAAUAUGCAGCGGCGGCGACGUCAUACCGGAGAGCUCUGCAACUACAACCAAACGAUGACGUCACAAUGACCAACCUAAAGAGAGUACGAUCUCUAAUUAACAAACAACGCAGAAAAUAAUUUAUUAAGUGAAUACACUGAUAGAAAACACAUC